AUGUCUAUUCGCAUCGAAGGCACCGCUUUCGAGGAUAUUCAGAAGAAAAAACCGUUUGAAAUCGUGUUGAAGUUGGAGGUGGAUUUCCCGUUUGUAGUCCCAACUGAUCCUGUACUUACGUCGGUGUUGAUCCUAUUUUCAUAUAACAAUGGGGUCCUACCUUUCGCUUGUCUUCCUCGCUACAGUUGUUGCGCUGGGAAAACAAUUGAUCGCGUCGCUAAUCAUACGGAUGAACUUAUCACUGACAUAAGGGUCACACUUAACGGAACCACUAUUGUGGUCACUCAACUUGGUGAUGCGGUCACAGUUCUUCUCGAUCAGAUGUAUACGCUAAUAUUCUGGACGCUAUGGAUUCUUAUACCUGUUAUUUGCAGAUCUAUUAAAGUUGUGGUUGGAGAAGAUAACGGCUUGGACUUGUUUAAAGAGCUUUUAUUGAAUUCUUAG